AUUUCAAUAUGAAAGAAUCCUGAGGCUGAUUUAUAUUCAUAGUCCUCUUCUUCGUUCUCACAAGUGCUCGAGAAACCAAGCUCCUUGUAGACUUACAAGAACAUGGGGCUACUGCACCUCGAUAUACUGAGAACUCUGCAUAUAAGGUGACAAGCAAUAAUUAUGAAGAGUUUCCAGGAGAACUAACAGACCAAGGAAUCCUCCAGAUGGAGAAAAUAGGUAAAGACCUGAGGAAAGGAUAUAUUGAGGAUAAUCAGUUUCUUCCAAACGAGUUCAAACCUCAAAAUUUUUACCUGAAGGCAUAUAGAGACGAGCCUAGUGUUCUAAGUUCGUACUCAUCAAUGCUAGGAGCUUAUCCAAACUCCAUAAAUUGGAUUCAGUACCAGCACAUGCAAGGGUACUCACAAGCUCCGUUUGAUAGAGAUGAUGAAGAGAAAGUGAGAAAUAAUUUAGGACUUGGCACUAAUCCUAGUAAACUCACCACACGGGAGGCAACCAUCUGGUCAGAAGCAAAUGGCAGAACAUUCUUUAACGAUCCAGUUUCAAACUGUCCUCAAAUGCAAAAACAGAUGGAACAGAAUCUCGAAGCUGCUAAUAAAAAAUAUACUGAAAACAGAAGGUUUGAUGCAUUAUAUGAGGAAAUGGGAGAAACUUUUGAUGUUAAUAAAAAUGACAUUAACUUCAAAACCGCUCAUCUCUACCUCGAUGAUUACAUUACUUCCCAAGCCAACCAAAAACCAGUCCCAGAAUUUGAUGAGCAAGUCGUUGCUGACCAAUGGAUCCAAAAUUAUUAUAGAAGAUAUUACUACGAAGGGCUCUACGGUGAUGAUAAUGACCUCGCCAAAGUAGCUUCAAACCAUUACUUCAACUAUGUGCUCACUUCUAUGUAUGCCAAAUAUAAGACAGAUAAGGGGGAGAUAAAUAGCGACCAUUAUGAGAACCUCAAAUACGCCCAAUUUACAGGAAAUGAGAAUGCAAUGAUAGCAGCAAUCAAGGUUCUCAACGAAAAGAAUGCUGACCCAGCGAUGCCUCCCAAAUUCGGAUCCACCAUCAGAUAUGAGCUGUUUAAAGACGGAGAUAAAUAUUUUGUCAAAGGGACACUUGAUGGAAAGCCCCUCAACAUGAAUGGAGAUGAAGAUGGCGUAAUGCCAUAUGAAGACUUCAUGAACCUUGUAUAUAACAGAUUAUACUUCGGGGACGUUGAUAAAUAUUGUCAAGGUACAGAGCCUCUUCAUGGUAAAGAUAAACCAAUCCUUAGUAGUUAUGAAGAACAUAUAUGGAACACUAACCCAGAGCUAAGAAUUAAUCAGCAACUAGAAAAUAGAGGAAAUACUAAAUUUGUAGAACAAUCUUUUGUUGAACUAAAACAGACUCCAACUUCAGAACCAAAACCAAAACCUGAACCAGAGCCAAAGGUUGAGCAAGUAGUAGAAGAAUAUACUGUUUAUGAACCCUAUAUUCCUGCUCAACAAGCUCCUACCCAAACUUAUCAGCCCCAGGUGACUCCAAUCACCCAGCAGAGACUGUACAGCACAUCAAGUCAACCUCAGAGGCAAUACACCAUAGAAUCUCGUGGGCCCACAACUUAUAGUUAUCCUCCAAAACAAUACUCAAAGCCAGCAAGUUCCCAAACUUAUGUAACGAGAAUGCCUCAGACUACCUCUCAAUACGUCGUUGCGCAGCCUUCAGACAACGUCGAGUUUUCAAACUUAGUUGAGACCUCUGCUACUCAAUACAACGAACCUCCUAAAAGAGAGUUUCCAAAGGUUUACGACCCGCAUACGACUCGAGAGAACAAAGUAGAUAUUCCCUUCCUUCACCCAGUUGAAGUAGACCAGCUUGUACAUGACACUAAGGUCAUCAAGGUUCCCCAGAAGGUAGUUAAAGAGAAAAUAGUCAAGGUUCCUCAGCCUUACUAUAAGGAGCAGGUUGUCAAAGUACCCGAAAAGCCUACCAAUAUUCACCAUAUCGAUCUUUCCUCAGAAGAAGUAGGUCCUAGUGUCAGUUUCGCCCAACAAGAGCCUGCUAAAUCAAAUUCUUGGCCUUGGUGGUGGUGGCUACCUCUAUUGUUCCUCUGUUGCUGUUUACCACUGCUAUGCUGCCUCCUCUGGUAUUUCUGCUGUAGAAAAACAACUGCGCCUCCUCCAAAGAAAAUUCCUAGAGCUCCUUCUUACAGAGCUGAACCAAAACCAAUUGUAAAGGAAGAGACCGAUAUUGACAGACAGAAAAAGUAUACUUACAGUAAGAGGAAAGUUGAUCAGGAACAAGAAAUUGAAAACGAGAUUGAAAGAGAACUCAGAGUCUCCCGUAGCAGACGAACAUUAGCAGCUCAAGAGAAACGAGACAGACCUGUUGUCCAACAUGAAACAAGGUAUAUAGAGCGUCCAAGAAUCAUAAAGGAAGAAAAUAUUGGAUUCUCUAACAAGCAUGCUACCUACGACGUUGUUGAAAAAGAUGAUCGUCAGUACAAAAACUUUGAUGACUCAUAUUAUGUGCAACAGAGACCAUCAAGAGUUGAAAGAGUGGUAGAAAGAACCUACAAAACAGGAGUUGUAGACCCAAACGAUAGAAGGAGAUCAGCCAGCCGAGGAAGAAGCACCUAUGUAAACGAAAGAUAUAGAGCUGAUGGGCUUGGCUCUCCUCCUCGCACUGGAAGCAUGGGGUAUGUCAGUAGAGAACUGCCAAGAGAAACCGUCAAAGAGGUUAUCACUCAUCAACAGCAUUAUGAAGGAAGCCCAAGAGUUGUAGGAACCACUGGUGGAGAAGAAAGAUACGCAAGAGAGAUUAUUCAUGAAGGUGAUGAAGUUUACAGGCCUGAGCAAAGACGCCUCAGUCAGGAAAGAAGUAGAGGUAGAGGAACUUCAGGAGAACACAGAGUAAUUAGCAGAGAUAUUGAUGACGAAGAAAGAAGGAUUAAUAGAAGGAAUGACCAACUCCAAGCAUCUCCUCGCUCUUAUACGUCUAAUACUCAUCUUAGGAGGGAUAACGCUAAUGACAGGGAUAUGAAUUUACAAAGAAAUAAGGACUAUAGGAAGAAUAGAAACUUCGACAAUUUUGAUAGCGAGGAAGAUGAAAGCGUCUAAAGAUUUUAAUUAGAACUCAAUUA